CAUUUUAUCAGUAGGUGGCUUUCCUGUCACACUCCUGUGGGAACUUUCAUUCCCAACUAAAGGAAACACAUAAAGCCUGGACGAGAUUUUGCUGGCCAAUUAUUAUACCCCGCUGGGAAGUAAGGGGACUCUGGGCAUCUGGCUGGUAGCUGUCUGGGGCAGGCUCCCUGUGCUGGCAGCGCUGCAGAAGCUUGCUAAGAACCACCGGAAGAAAGCAAAUCGCCCCACUGCUUGCCGACAUGAUGCUGGCUGCCCGUCUCAGACCCCUGUCUCAGCUCCCAGGAAAAACUCUAAGUGUCUGUGACAGAGAGAAUGUGACAAGACACACGCUCUUGCUUUACCCAGCCUCCUUCACAGCAACCACCCGUCGGACUUAUGCCAGUGAGGCAAAUGCGGCGAGCGGCAAAGCUGUCCUCAUCACAGGCUGUGACUCCGGAUUUGGGUUCUCUUUGGCCAAACAUCUGCACUCAAAAGGUUUCCUUGUAUUUGCUGGCUGCUUAAUGAAGGACAAAGGUGAUGCUGGGGUCAAGGAGCUGGACAGCUUAAAGAGUGACCGCCUGAGAACCAUCCAGCUCAAUGUCUGCAACAGCGAAGAGAUAGAGAAAGCGGUGGAGACCAUCCGCUCCAGCCUGAAGGACCCUGAGAAGGGAAUGUGGGGCCUGGUUAACAAUGCAGGCAUCUCAACAUUUGGUGAGGUGGAGUUCACCAGCAUGGAGACGUAUAAGGAGGUGGCAGAAGUGAACCUCUGGGGCACAGUACGCACAACAAAAUCCUUCCUCCCCCUUCUCCGGAGAGCCAAAGGCCGUGUCGUUAAUAUCAGCAGCAUGCUGGGCCGCAUGGCCAACCCAGCCCGCUCGCCAUACUGCAUCACCAAGUUCGGGGUAGAGGCUUUCUCUGACUGCCUGCGAUACGAGAUGCACCCUUUGGGCGUGAAGGUCAGUGUGGUGGAGCCCGGCAAUUUCAUCGCCGCCACCAGUCUGUAUAGCCCUGAGCGUAUCCAGGCCAUCGCCAAGAAGAUGUGGGACGAGCUUCCCGAGGUGGUCCGCAAAGACUAUGGCAAGAAGUACUUCGACGAGAAGAUCGCCAAGAUGGAGACCUACUGCAACAGCGGCUCCACAGACACAUCCUCCGUCAUCGACGCUGUCACGCACGCCCUGACGGCCACCACCCCCUACACCCGCUACCACCCCAUGGACUACUACUGGUGGCUGCGAAUGCAGAUCAUGACCCACUUCCCGGGAGCCAUCUCUGACAAGAUCUACAUACACUGAAGAGGCUCCCGUGUCCUCUCCCGGGGGGGGGGAUCUGGUGGGAGGGGAAGGCCGAGGGGAGGGAGUUCAUACAGUUUCCUUUUUGAUGACUCGCUAUGGAACAUCCACGGUCGUAGGAAGACUUAUUUUAGCAUUAGCCUUACUUGUUCACGUGGUGAAGGGUGUAGGCCUUCACAGAUGUGGGGGGGGGGGUCACAGGUGGGUGGCCCUAAGCCUCAAGGCCAACAUGGUGCUUCUAUCUAGCUCAAGUUGAUUUUAUACAAAGAUUUGUGGGAAAUAUCUUUCUAUUAAAAACAGAUUAUUAGACUAGAAUCCAAAAUCAUUUCUAAGCCAAAACAUCCGUUCAAAAUAUUUAUCCCAUUUAAUCCUUAAGCUAGUCUCACGAGUAAAAAGAACAGAUGUUUUUUUCUCCUUGUGUGCAUGAAGAAUUUGCAGCUCUGUGGCACUUGGGUGCAAUGAAAUACCUCUUCCACUGCACCCAAGCGGUCCUGCUCGUGCUUGGGCAUUGCUGUAAAACUCAUCACACUGUGUUCCAGGGACACUUUGAAUCCUCUUACCGGCAGGGUGUCUUCUCUUGAGACAGUCACACCAGGUGCUACUGUGUGCUCUCUGCCCAUCCAUGGCACUGACUCUCAGCUGGCUGGGGAUGGGAGAUCUGGAGGUUGGCAGUUGAGGUUUCUCCAUCAUCUUUGAAGACUCAGGUUGGGUCUGGGCAGAGGUGCUCUUUGCCUAGGCGUAUGGUUUGGUUUCGCCUUGGACAGGAUUGGUGCUAUCCUUGGGGCUGUAGACAAAUUAGCAGUGCCAAGGCUGGGCACUGAGACAUCUCCCCAGCAAUGGGUCUGGGCACCUACUUGUCUCAUGGGCUUAUGUGGUGCAUGUAAGCGCGCGCACGCACGCACGCACGCACACACACACUCACACACACACACACACACACACACACACACACACACACACACCUGCUCCACAGGAUUUCAGGGUGGUCACCUCUCCUUCCUACUGUAAACAUUUUUUUAAUUAAGCUGAGACACUGCUAGGCAGUCUGUGUUGCCAAUCAGGAAGGUUUGCAUUUGAAGGCCGUCUGUCCCUGCAGUUGGUCAGGGUCUGGGUAUUUGGAUCCAAACCAAGUACUGCCGUGAGCCAGGGAGUGCAGGCUCUUCACAAUGAUUUGUGCCUUUUGCGGCAAAAUCUCGACCUGCCACCAGAGGGAGCUAUGCCUCCUCAGCUGGAGUCCGCUCAGGCGUUUUUUUUUUUCCUUCCACACAAGCUUGAGGUCCUCCAAGAGCCUUUGACCACCUACUUGGACACUGCCUGGGAACAAAGAAAGAAGCAAAGCCCCUUUAGAAACGGUGAUCCUUGCACUCCUAAGCAGUUGUCUGGCCUGAACCCGGAGCCCAGUGCCAGGAGAGAGCAAAGGAACCCAGGUAGCUAGACCAGGCUGCCGGGAGCAGCCUUGCUGAAGCAAAGAGGGUUCCACAGAGAGCGAAUGCAGCUUGCCUUUUGGGCUUUUGACCGCUCCGGAUUCAAUCAGGGGUACCCCGUUCCAGCCCGUCUUCAGGCAAGACCGGGCCUGGGAGGGAAGGAAAGAGGGAGGCGGGGCCUCAGGGUCCAGAGGGCUCCCUCACAGCAGCGAGCCUCUUUUGUACUGCAGUGCCUGUCUCCAGCUGGAGCCUUCGGGUGGCAUUUUUACAUCUUGGAGAAUUUGUUUUCGUGCUUAAUAAAGAGAUUGGUUGUAACACUUGGA